AUGAAGGCUUCCGUGGUGCCUCUGCUAUCUGCCCCGGAUAAUGAUAUAUUAAAUGCAGAAGACAUCACGCAUCAGUCUCCGGCGGGUGUCGUGGUAGAGAUUUUGCGAGAGCGAAUGUUCGGAGGAGUCACGGAUGCUUCAGACUCUCGUCUGCUGGCCUUGACUGGUCAUUUGGCGGGCUUUACACGAGAGCAAGCAACCUUCCGCUCCUUACCACGAGAGGAGCUCGGAGAGAAGAUCAGGGAGAUGCUCCUGAUGGCACUGGGCCUUUCCAUGGAGGCAGAUGCUCGUGACCUCUCUCUACGAGAGUCUGUCGACCGUAGGAUUGAGGAGGCUCGUCGAGAUGAAAACCUAUCUGCCACCGUUGAUGCCCGGGGCAACCUAGCUGCAGCCCGAGAGCAUACUGCGUCUCUCCAAACGAAACUGUAUGUUGCCUAUGAGGCCUUAAAGAGGGCUGACGGGAAGGUAGCUGAUGCAGAGGAGUAUGCCAAGUCCGUGGAGGCAGAGUUGUUUAACACCCGAAGACUUCUUGAGGAGUCUAAUGAGAGGCUGUCUUCUGCGGCAGAGGGUCUUCGCGAGAGGGAUGAGGCGAUAAGCCAGAAGGAGGAGAUUCAGCGUCAGCUAGAGCAGCUGAAGGUAAAAUUGGACUCCACAUUGGCUCUGAAGGACGAGGCCUUAGCCCGCGUCGUAGUUUUGAGGCAAGAGCUGAGUGGGCAAGCUGAUAGCAUCAAGGGUUUAACUUCGGCAGCAGAAGAGUUUAAACUUCAGAAUCAGCAACUGUGUCAACAAGUCAAGGACCUAGAGACGAGGUGCUCAGCCCUGUCUGAAUGGGCCAAGUUAGCCGAUGAUAAGGUCCGGCUAGAGGUUGAAAAGCACUUGAAGGAGUAUAAGGAGUCCCCUGAAUUGAAGAAAGAGACCCAGCAGGCCUGUGAAGCUUACCUCCAAAAUUACAAGGAUUCUUCUGAGUUAAGAACCGAGAUAGCCGAGGCCUGCGAGAGGCGACUUACGGAUUAUAAAGCUUCGGAUGAGAUGAAAGAGGCCAUAUGGUAUAAGGGUCUCUGUAUGUUCGUCUCCGGCUUCAACCGAGGUUUAAGAGAGGCCAGGCGUAAUCCUACUGUCCCUUUAACCGUACUCUGA